AUGGCGUCUGUGAUGCGCGCCACCAGUGGGAGCGCAACGCACGACCUCACCGAAACACCGAAUGCGCGCAGCGUCAACUCCACAGCGCCCAGUUCGCCUCGCAUUCCUCCUCUCCGUCAAAACUCGGGUACACAGACGCCUCGAGUGCGCCCACAUGCGACAACGCUCAACAUCCCGGGCAUGACCCGUUCCAAGGUGUCACCGGACGGCAGAAUUCCCCAACGCGACGUGGCGGCGAAAUUGGUUAUUGUCAUGGUCGGCCUUCCAGCACGAGGAAAGUCAUACAUCACCAAGAAGUUGCAGCGCUACCUUUCCUGGCAACAACACGAGUCGCGAAUUUUCAACGUCGGUAACCGCAGACGUAUCGCCACUGGAAGAAAGGCUUCUGUGCAUCCCAAGCUUGCACCAGAGCCAGCAUGUCUCGACCCGCCUGUCGAGGCUGCUGCUAUACUCCUCAAUGGCCUCCCGCGAUCCAACGGCUCGUCAGCGUUCGCCGAGCCACCAGGGUUUGAUCUGAAUGGGCGUUUCGACAGGGAAGAAAAGAGGAAGGCGCAAGAGGCAGAGGUGCAUGAGGAGGAGGAAGAGGACCAGUCCGCGCAGUUUUUCGAUCCUAAGAAUGAGAAGGCUGCCGCCAUGCGGGAGCAGGUGGCAAUGGAUACGCUGGACGAGCUGCUCGACUAUCUACUGGACGGAGGUGGCUCGGUAGGGAUUCUCGACGCCACCAACAGCACCAUUGCUCGCCGCCAGCGCAUUGUGGACCGCGUCAAGGAGCGGGAGCCCAAGCUUGGCAUACUGUUCAUCGAGAGCAUCUGCACCGACGAGACCCUGCUCGAGGCCAACAUGCGCCUCAAGCUCUCUGGACCAGAUUACCGUGAUAAGGAUCCGGUUAAAUCUCUUGCGGAUUUCAAAGCCCGUGUCGAAGCUUACGCCAGCGCUUACGAGGAGCUGGGCGAGUAUGAGGAAAAACGGGAUUUCCAGUACAUCCAGAUGAUUGACGUUGGCCGCAAGCUCAUACAGCACCGAUUGACGGGAUUUCUCAGCAACGGGAUUGCAACCUAUCUUGGUAGCUUCAAUCUCUCGCCCCGCCAAAUCUGGAUUACUCGCCACGGCCAAAGCGUGGACAAUGAGCUUGGCAACUUGGGUGGGAACUCGCCGCUGACCGAGCGAGGGCACUGUUACGGCCAAGCGUUGCACAGGUUCAUCACAAUGAAGCGCCAAGAAUGGCUCAUUGAGCAGAAGAACAAGCUCGCACAGGCAUCCUUCCCACCGGUUCCUGGCGACAACACUCCCCCAUAUCCGGACAGCAAUCGCGAACUCGACGAGAAGAACUUUUGCGUGUGGACUUCGAUGCUCCGGCGCAGUGUGGAGACUGCUGAAUACUUUGACGCUGACGACGACUACGACGUCAAGAACUGGGAGAUGCUCAACGAACUGAAUACGGGCCAGUUCGAAGGCAUGACCUAUGCAGAGAUUGCAAAGAAGUAUCCGCAGGAGUACAAGAAACGAGCUGCGGACAAGCUCAACUACAUCUACCCUGGCGUGGGCGGCGAGGGCUACCUCCAGGUUAUCAGCCGGUUGCGAGACAUGGUGCGCGAAAUUGAACGCAUCACCGACCACGUCCUCAUUGUUGGGCACCGUUCUGUCUGCCGUGUCCUCAUGGCCUACUUUAUGGAUCUCACACGGGAGGACAUCACCGACAUGGAUGUACCUCUCGGUAUGCUGUACGCGAUCGAGCCCAAGCCGUACGGCAUCGCCUUCCACGCCUAUCGCUACAACGAGGAGCUGAGCACUUUCGACGAGCUCCCCAACUACAAGCCGCAGAAGGCUGCCCGUGGCAGCGUCUAA